CAUCGAAACACACUUCUUUUUCUGCAUGCGGAGGAGGUUGAUGAGAUCUCCCAUCAUAACUACCUAAAUCUCUAUUUGCCCCCCAACCGGCAUACCCACUUAAAAGAUAAACUGGAUCAUGAGCUACACUGGAUCAAGAGCCGGAAUGGAAUGAGAUAACAUCAAGGUUUUAGUCUAAAAAGUACAAACCACCACGCGCUCUUGUCAUCUCGGAAAAGUCAUGUCGCGAUGGUUUCGCCUCACAAGAGUGCGGUGUCUGGUUCGGCCCCGGCAAUUUCAAUCAAGAUUUCUGAGCUCUCAGUCACCGAUAGAACAUGUCCGGAUACCAUGUGCAUCUGCGGGUGAGAUUACCGUGAGCCUCCACAACAUCAACGACCACGACACCACCACCCCUUUAAUCAUUCUCAUCCCGCCAGUCUCUCAACCUCGCCCCGACUCUGUCGCGCCAGUCCCAGCAUGCUUCCAUGACUACCCAACCGCCGUCAUCAACUACCGGUGGCAGGACUAUGACGAAGAUAAACCGCGUGCGACCCCCCUUCACUGGCCCGUCCCUCUUCACGACAUCACCUUUGGCUACUCCUGGAUUAUGAACAAUCUCGGCUCGGGUACCAACCCUUCUACCAAGCCCCGUCCUGCCUAUAUCUACGGUUCUUACCUCGGCGCUAGCCUGGCCGCCGGCCUCGCCCUGACCGAGACCCACGUGCCCACCCGCUACCAGCCCAUGACCAUCCGCGGCCUAAUCGCCCACAACGGCAUCUACAACUGGACCAUGUUCCUACCCGACCACCCCAUCCACACGCCCAAGCUCAGAAAUAACCGUGGCGCUCUCCUCCCCAUCGCCACCAUCAACGACGAGCCCAUCGAAGAAGGAGGCAUCUUCACGGACCUCAAGCACCACGCGCCAGCCCUCUUCGGCACGCCCUCCAACCUCUUCGACCCGUUCGCGUCAGCCUGCCUCUUCUUCCACUCCCCGGACCUGCACGUCCCAGACGACUUCACGACACCGCUCAGCGCCCCCCACCCCCUCGGCGGUGCCUUUAACGCAGCCGUCAACACGCUCACCAACCGCUCACCAACCCCCUCCCGAUCCCCAACCCCCCCUCCCUCCUCCUCCUCCUCCUCCUCCACCACCACCACUCCCUCAAACACAGCCCAAUCCCCACCCCCAGAACAAACCGAACCCCCCAAAAAAGAAAAAGAAAAAGAAGAAGAAAAAGAAGAAUCCGCCGCCACCAUCCUCGCCCUUGCCACCCACCGCGCCAAGCAGCGCAAGCCGCCCCGCAAGGGCUACAGCUGGUUCCCGCCCAUCAACGGCACGCUGCGCCUGCCCUUCACCCUGCUCGUCUACUCGGCGCCGACGACGCCCACCCACACACACACAUACCACCCACACACCCAAAACAGCAGCAGCAAUGGUAACAGCAGCAACGGCAACGGUAACAACUUCGCCGUGCAGGCGAACCAGCUGGCGGGGCUGAUGAUGCGCUCGCUGGACAUGCACGAGUUUGGGCGGCGGCGCGGGGUGUGGGGCCCGGCGCCGUGGGAGCGGGAGUUCGAAGGGGAGAACGGAGAGGGGGAGGGGGUGGAUCGCGGGGGGGAGAGGUGGAAGGCGAUCGAGAGGCGGGUGCAGAGCUUUGAGGCGGCGGGUGUUGGGGCCGGGGUGGACGGGGAGGAGGAGGAGGGCGGGCUGGGGUUGGAUGGACAGGGGGAGGCAGUGGUGGGGGAGUGGUUGAGGGAGAGGAUUGAUGAGGAUUUGGGGGAGCAGGGGGGGAAGAGGAAUGGGGUGGAGGGGUUGUGAGUUUGGAUGUACACUAGUGUGAUGGUGGUGAGAGGGGGAAGGGGUGUGUAAGAUGUGAAAGACCCCGUCGUGGGUUGUUUGUUGUGAUACUUGUAGGUACCUCUAGCUAGAGUAAGACGCAUAAUUCGUCCCGUGUAGAAGGCACAAUAAGCAAGAAGAUGACGAG